UAGUCUUACUUUAUUCAUCCUGGCUCACUGCCUGUUUCCUGUUCACACCAUAGCAAAUGUGAUCUUUUCAGAAAUGUAAAUCUGUUCAUGUUUCCCUUCAGCACCCUCCUUGAAACACAUUAGUGUCUUUUGUUUGCUCAUAGGAUAGAGACCAAAAUACUUAAUAUGACCCACUGGGCUCUAUGUAGUGCAGCCCCUACCAACUUCCUCUUGUACCAUGUUCCUGCUCAUUCUCUGUGCUUGAGUCACACUGGCUUUUCAUUAUCUGAGAUGUGCUAUGCUCACAGGCAGUUUGCACAAGCAGCUUUGGUCCUUCAGAUGCCUUUUUCAGGGAAACCUCCUUUGACCGUGCUGCUCUUCCCCAGUCAUAAGUUCCCAGCAUUGUAUCUCUCCUUUCUAGCCCUUUUCACAGAUACAAUUUUGCAUUUUUUUUGCCUGAUCCUUUUAAUGUAGGUCUGCUCUUUACUAGAACAUAAUAUAAGCUCCCUGAGGGCAGGGACUAUACCUUUUAUUUUUUUAUUUUUAUAUGAUUGUAUUCCUAGCACUUGGCACAGUGCCAGGUACUCAUUAAAUGUUGGUUGUAUGGAUCAACUGAUAAAUGAACAGUUGAGCUCAACUCUCCACUUUAAUUUUAUGUUAACAUUUACCAUACAAAGUUGUUUUCGGGACAUUGUACUUAAGCGAUUCUGUUGAACUGUAAGCAAUCAGAGUUGACUGAGCCUGAGUCCUUUUUCUUGUAGGAAGGAAUUUUUGGCCUUACUAUAAUAUUGGAAGGGAUGAAAAUGCAAAAAAAAGGAGCUAUACAAGUUAAAUCACAGCAUAUUUUUCAUUUAGUUCUUGGUCCUUAGACUAUCAAGAUUGCACACGUAGCUCUGGAUAUCAGAGCUAGAAGAUAGAACUUUCAAGAUAACUUGGUUUUGCAUAAACAGAAAUCUAAAAUAUAUGUUAGUUUUGAUAAUGUGUCCUAUCUUUGGUUGAAGAGAAGAUGGAAAUUCUAGUUUUCUAACUUCUCUAUCUUUCUUGAAAGAUAGAAAAAAAUGGAAUGGGGUUGAAUCCUAGCUUCAGGAAGCUGCGUAAGACUUAGCAUCUCUUCGUCUAAAGAGAGCUAAAAGAAUGGAAGUACGUAACUCCUGCAAGGGUGUUAUUUAUUGGCUAGUACCUGUUGGUGGGAUAUAGUUUCUGGUUGUAUAAGAGCAUCAUAUGGUAUAUUACACCUUACAUAUUACCUGUGUUCUGAAUUUAAAGAACAAUUUAAGAUUGAUAAACAUUUUCUGCUUUAACUUACGCUGUCAUUUACCCAACACAGGAUAAGAUUGAAAGAUUAAGAUGAAACAAGAUUGGCUGUGUUUUGAUAUUAGAAGCCCUGGUGGCACAGUGGUUAAGUGCUUGGCUGAUAAUGGAAAAGUUGGCAGUUCGGAACUCACCAGCCACUCCGCUGGAGAAAGAUGUGGCAGUUGGCUCCUGUAAAGAUUACAGCCCUGGAAACCCUAUGGGGCGGUUCUGCUCUGUUAUAUAGGAUCGUUUGAGUCCAAAUCAACUAGAUGUCAAUGGGUUUAGUUUUUUGGUUUUAUGUGAUGAUAAUAGUUGAAGUUGAGUAAUAGGUGCAUAGGGGUUUCACUAUAUUAUUGGUUUUACCUUUGCAUGUAUUCGAAGCUUUACAUAUUGAAAAGAAAAAAAGAUUUCCAUCAUUUUGCUUACAGUUCGUAAUGGUGCAAUUCAUUUGCGCCUCUAAAAUGGGUGCUUUAUCCUCACAGUCAUUUAAUUAAGUUUAUAAACAUUUAUUGGUCUCUUAUAUUUUUCAUACUUUUGUUAUUUGUAUUUUUCACAGUUGUGAGACCCAAAAAUGAACCAAUGUCAUCAUAUUGAUUCUAAAUUCAAUAAGAUAAUUUUCCUCUUUGUCCUGUGUAGUGCAAAAACAUACUUGCCUUACUUUCCAACAGUAGACAAUGAUCCUUGACUUUUCCCUUCUCCAGUUCUGAUGAAAUUGCAUGUUAUUAUGUGUCUGGUUCUUUGAGUCAUUUCUUAGGCAAAGAGAAAGUAAAGUAUACCCUUACAUACAAGAUGAAGAAAUGUGUGUGCUUAAAUAAUGUACUUCCAAAGAUUGGUAGACUUAAAAGCUCUUUUAAGUAUUCGUUUGUUUCAUUUUAAUACUUUCACAUAAUUAACACUUACAGAUGUGAAUAUAGCUUUUUAUAGGUAUUGGAUUUUAUGACUUUAACAUGUAGGUAUAUUAAAGUCAUGGCAUUUUACAUGUGAUUUUUUCCCCCCUUUUCUAGAGUGAAUCUUUGGUGGUUUGUGAUGUUGCUGAAGAUUUAGUGGAAAAGCUGAGAAAGUUUCGUUUUCGUAAAGAAACGAACAAUGCUGCCAUUAUAAUGAAGAUUGACAAGGAUAAACGCCUGGUGGUACUGGAUGAGGAGCUUGAGGGCAUUUCACCUGAUGAACUUAAAGAUGAACUACCUGAACGACAACCUCGCUUCAUUGUGUAUAGUUAUAAAUAUCAACAUGAUGAUGGAAGAGUUUCAUAUCCUUUGUGCUUUAUUUUCUCCAGUCCUGUUGGAUGUAAGCCUGAACAGCAGAUGAUGUAUGCUGGGAGUAAAAAUAAGCUAGUCCAAACAGCUGAACUAACCAAGGUAUUUGAAAUACGAAAUACUGAAGACCUGACUGAAGAAUGGUUACGUGAGAAACUUGGAUUUUUCCACUAAUGUGAACUUCUGUGUUUCUAAAGUAUUUAUGUAUUAACCUGACCAUACUGGAACCAGACAUAAAUACUUAUUUAUGCCUAAAAAUGCACUGUUAUUUACAGUUUGUUUCCUGCAGUAAAGAAAAAUCUUCAUUUGUGCAAAGUUUGAACAAAGAGGAAAUUAUCUUCAUAGUAAUGAAACUUUGUAAAGUGUUUCCUUAUAUUUGUAAUUGUUAGGUGGACUACUUCUCUCCAGGAACUUUUUGCACUCUUGUGACUAAUUUCUAUAACUUAUGGUUCAGAAUUUGUUACUAUUUACAGACACCAUUGGAAAGUGGGUAUUAGAUUGUGAUAGACAACAGUUGCCUCCUUUUGACAAAUACUGGAUAUUAGCAGUUUAUAUAUGAAAAUAACAUACUAUCACUUGUCAAAUCUUUGAAAUUAAUUUGGGGUUAAAGACUUGAGUGACCUAAUUUUGAGCCAUGACUAGUAAUGUACUGUAGUGUAACCUACAUUGCGAGUACAUUUUUCAUCAAUUCUGUACCUUCUUUGGUUUCCUGUAUCUUUUUAAUCAAGUCCAGAAAUUGUAUUCAUCAAUCAUUCUUAAAGUCUGGAAGUUAGAUUUUAUAGUAAAGUUAUGACUAUAACUAUUAGGUUUUCUUCUUUUGGAAAGUAGUGUCUUAAUCUUAAAAAUUGGUGGGUUAUAACUAAUCAAGGGCUUCAUUUCUGAUUAUGUCAUUUCUAGAUAGUUUGGAAGCUAGGUUAAUAACACUAUUUAGAAAGCAUCUCCUAAUGUCAUAUGAACACUAGUUAUUUGAAAUAUGUUAACACUGUGCCUUUGAUUUGUUAGCUUUAAAGUUAGUUUAAAACUUUUACACUGCCAGUAUUCCAGAUUUGGUGAAAUCAAUACUUUUGUAAAGGGUCCAAGUAAAAUAAUUUUCUAAUGUGUGUAUCUGAAAUUUGUAAUAAAAUCAACUUCAUUUUUUUUAAAUUCCAACUAUCUGCAUGCAUUGGUGAAUAUUUGGCAGUUGUUAGUUAUAAUUUUAGAUAUAUUUGUGAUUUAAGUUUGUGCCAUCGGGAAAAGUUACUUAUCUUAAAACUUUGGCCAUAGUUAAUAACAUUAACACAUCAAUAGAAUUUGCAUCUUAUAUUCUAAAUGUCAGAAGAUGCUCUAAUUUUGAGCCAAAUAAUUAACCAGUUUUGUUAGAUGCAAAUAUCCUUGGCAUAAAGCAAGGAUUCUGAUAUAUAGUGUACUCUUAAAAAUGUAAGUAACUGUUUAACACUAGUUUGACAAAAGAUCUAGACACUCAAGACUAACCAAAUUUAGUGGGUAAAUUCUUAUAUUAAGAAUAUUUUAGUUAUUUCAAAACUAGCAAAGACGUUUUUCUGUGUUGGUGUUUUCCAUUCAUAUGUUCUUUGUAUCCUUUUUGAGGUUUCUGUGCCAACUUCAGUAAAGAGGUAAAGAUGGUUGAAAUUUUCACAAUACUGAAGAGAGCAUCUUCUCUUCCCAAUACCUAUAGCUUACUAUUUGACUCCACUAAUCUAGAAAUAAGGAAGCAAUAGGAAGUUAGUUGGAGAUGAGAAAGUGGUAAAGUGGUAUUUGUUUUGGUUAAUGAGUGAAAAUGAGUCUUUAUUCCAAUUUCCAGAGAGAGAGAAAACUUCACCCAGGAAGUUUAUGAAUUCUUUAAACAGGUAUUUUGAUAUUGGAGAAUAACUUGCUUAAAAUUCUGCAGAAACGCAAAUGUUAUCCAAGUGAAUGGAGAGUGUUAACGUUUUUGAAUGAAGGAAAUAAGAUUUUAUUUCACUUGGUUCACAGCAAUAAGAGAAACUGACUAGGGCUGUAAGAAUGUAGUUUUUAAUGAGGUUCCUUAUUGUGUCUUGUGUGGUUUUUUUGUUUUUGUUUUGAAAGCUCUGUCCUCCAUAAUGUUAGAUAAUAUUGACCUGCCAUACACAGAGCUCUUGGUUCCGCUGUUCUCUAAAAGGGGCAAGGAGCUGUAAUAAAUCAUGCUUUUUUGAGCUUCUCUGACUCUCCUUAUUAGUAACAUGUAUUUUUGCAAGACAACAGAUUGAGGUUAGGGGAUCAGUAGAAUGAUUUUUUACUCCUUGUCUAUAUACUACUAAAUGUCCUAAAGGGAGAUUUAUAAAUCCCAUGCGCGAACGUAUUCUUAAAUUUUAUAUAAAUUUCCCUUUUAUCUGACCAAAUUUUGCAUUGUUCUUUUAUAUUUCCUAUUUGAUCUUCUUUCUGCCUUCUCUCAAAUGGUAACUCUAGAUUUCGUAAUUCCAGUUUUUACAUUCCAUAUCUUUCUGGUACAGGCUAUUCCCAUUCAGUCUUAAAUUGUAAUCUUUCCUUUUUGGCAGCAGCUUUUGGUCCUGGGAACCUCCUUCAUGGUCUUCUAAAUCAGCAUUAGUUUUGAAAUUGUUAGCUUUGCAUAAGUUCUGCAUAGCAUCUAAUGUUGUCAAAAUAGAGCCAACUAGUAUUCACAGUAUGUUUUCAGUAUGGUUUUUGUGGCAACAUACAUGACUUAUGAAGAAAACUGUUCUCAGGUUACUAUGCUGAAAUUCCAAAAUGUUGUCUGAGUUUUGAAUAGUAUUUACUUUGUUCUGGUAUUGAAACAAUUGUUAGGAAAAAGUUGGUUGACUGUUUUUGUUUAAUUGACUUCUAAAACGUUUGAAUUGUCUAUUUCUAAAAAGUUUACUAAAUGCCUAGUGCAGUUAAACAUACUCUUGUUUAAGGGUGUUGCUAAAUUUUUUAUUGUUGUUACUAAAUAAUCUUUGUAGCAGAAUGUCUGUUAGCACUUUUCCCUCCCUUUUUAUCUCCUAUUUUCAGGAGUCAAAUGUAGCCAUAAACUGAAUCCUGGUCUGACACUUAACUAAAAAUUUCCAGUUAGGGGAGUUUACUGCCAAAUUAAAUUUGGCUGUUUUCCCCCCACACAUAUAGAUAAUAAGGAAGGCAUCCUUUAAAAAAAAAAAAAAAAUGUGUGGACUACUUUUAAAACCCAAGCAAUGUCAUUAAUCCAUAAUGUGGACUAGUGAUGAAUAGAUAUUUUCAUAAGAGUUUAAAUGCUGAUAUUCGGUGGAAGUAGAGAGUAACUUGUAUUCUGUCAGUUCAAAUAUUCUUAGUACGGUUGCUUUCCCUAUUUGUUCAAUAGACUGAUAAUACUGAAAUCUACAGAAUUUGAGCCUUUACAACUUAUGUGAAGGGAUGUCUCAAACAUUUUCUGUCAAACCUUAUUUUGUAUUUCUGCAAGAAUGUAAAUAAUCAUCUAGACCACUUAAAAUCAAUGGUCCCAAGUUGAAUAUUCUUGAGAAAUUUGUUUCCUGUUAUGCCAUUUGACAUUUCAAAUCAGUGAUCAUAUUCCUGUAACUACAUUAAGAUUGUGAUAGAAACUUUUUUUGUUUUUGUUUUUUGGAAUAUAAUUCAUGCACAUGUAAUUACUUGAAUAUUGUUUGAAAUCACUAACAUGUCAGGGCAGUUCCCACUGAUUUCAAUGGUCCAAUAUAAUCUCAUUCCGGAGGCUUGAAACAUUAAUGGUCAGUCUUGUGAAUUUUAACAGUUCCCUGUCAAUGUUUAACAAAAUCAACAACUGGCACAACGUCUUAUGCUGUGGUUUCAGUCUCUGCUAGUUCAUACUGCAUGUUUAUUUUGGACAGUCUUCUGUUAAGCAUGGUGCUUGUACUGGUUUAAAUAAAAUGUUAACAUGAAA